GCGGGAUUCAUGUUCGGUUAUGAAACUGGUAUUAUCGGGACUAUAACGAUAUCAGUUGGGAUGGACUUGGGGGUAGAUAUCAACGCUAAGGAACACGAGAACAAGAAAGAAAUCAUCACCGCGAUGACAGGUGCUGGUGCAUUCAUCUGUUCGAUUUUCGCUGGUGCUUUAAGUGAUAAGAUUGGACGUAAAUGGGUCCUUGUUAUUAGCGAUAUCUGCUACUGCAUUGGUACUGUCGUUUUCGGUGCAUCAUACUCCGUUGCUCAAGCUGCCGUUGGCAGAUUAAUACUAGGUUUCGGUGUGGGUAUGUCAUCUUGCAUUGGUCCUAUGUAUAUUUCUGAAAUUAGUCCAACGCAAUUGAGAGGUACACUAGUUACCAUUAAUUCCGUUACUAUCACUUUUGGACAACUUGUUUCAUACGGGAUAGGUGCUGCACUGUACAAAGCACCUAAGGGAUGGAGAAUUAUGUUGGUUUUAGGUGCUGCUCCAGCUAUUUAUCAAGCCAUUGCAAUCCAUAUGUUACCGGAGUCGCCUCGUUAUCUCCUCGCUAGAAAUCGUAGUGAGGAAGCUUAUAAUGCACUGGCAAGGAUGUAUCCACGCGCGACACAGGAAGAAAUGGCGUUAAAGUUUGAUAUCCUCACGGCCAAUGUUGACGAGAGUGUCAGAAUGUCAAACGAACAUACUACCUGGGAGCUCAUCAAGAUGCUAUUCACAUUACCACGUAACCAAAGGAGCAUAUUCCUAACGAUGUGUCUUCAAGCUACUCAACAACUCUGUGGUUUUAAUGGCUUGAUGUAUUUUGCACCUACACUUUUCGGUAUGCUUGGAUUUGAGAACCCAGCCACCGGUGGUAUGGUUGUUGCUGGUGCCAACUUUGUGUUCACAGCAACCGGUAUGCUUGUGGUUGAUAAAGUCGGUCGUCGACCACUGCUCGCAUAUGUUAGUUGCCCAGGUACAAUACUUGGAUGCGUAUGGAGUAUAGUGUCACUGUAUUAUCUCACUAAAGAUACUGGCUUUCAAUUAGUUGACGGUGCAGCUUACGAUCCAGGCAAACAGAUAGCUGUCGUCAUUGGAUUUGUUUGUUAUAUCGCAAUGUUUGCUAUUGGUUUAGGACAUGUUCCAUGGACAUCGACAGAUUUGUUCUCCUUGGAAGUCCGCGGCAUUGGCACAGGUAUUGGUACUGCAACUGUUUGGGCAACUAACUUGAUUAUCAGUGAAUCUUACCUAUCUAUGCAGAAAGGGAUGACACCAUCUGGUACCUUUGGGUUGUUUGCUGGCUUUGUUCUCUGUGGAUGGUCGUACAUCGUAACUUGCUACCCCGAGACAGCUGGUUUGCAACUAGAAGAAGUACAAGAAGUACUAAAGGAUGGAUAUAAUGUUAGGAAAUCAGUGAAACUCAGAAAGGCUAACAGGAAAGCUCUUAAAGCGUCGAAAAUGCAUAAUUAAAGUUCAAAGUAGCAAAUAUCUAAGUAAUGAAGAUUGU